GCGUAGUGAACGUGCAGAGACAAAAGGAAAAUUCAGCAGUUUUGGUUUCGAAAGUUGUGGAGAAAUUCAGUCCUAGUUUAGGCUGCAACAUAAUACAUUUUAAUAUAACGGACGAAUUGGGAACAGUUCUAUACCGGUUUCAAAGUAAGAAACAAAACGAUGAUCGUGUUCAGGUGUUUGUACUAGAACAUUAAUAAUCCUUACUUAGUAGAGCACGACGGGAAAACGAAAAAAAAAACCGAAUGGGUUUCCCCGAUACUUUCUACGGUUUUCCUUUUACUAUAUGAAAAGGGACUUUUGGAGAGCAGCAAGGUUUGGUGGAUGUUGACAAGUGUUUGCGAAAAACAAAAAAAAAAACGGAACGAGCAUUCAUUGCUAUUUUCUUGUUUUAUACAAUCUGUUGACAUUCCAAUGAUAAAAUCAUACAACCGACUUUUCAGUUGGAUAAUAAAUACUGCCUAUCAUUCGGACAGGCAGUCGAGGCGGAAAAGCAAGAAAAACGAAAACGCAACGUAGCAGCAGUAGAAAAGAGGAAAAAAUAAAUCGGCACUGAAGUAUCGAAAGGAAAUAUAGUGAAACAUGAAGGCCAUUGAAGCGAAAAUUGUCGUUUUGGGAUCUCAAGGCGUCGGCAAAACCAGUCUGGUUGUUAGAUAUGUUUCGAAUGUGUACACAAAGGAGGUAUCACCGACAAUAGGUGCUUCGUUUUUCACGUGUAAAGUCAACCUGGAAGAUUUCAAAGUGAAGAUGCAGGUUUGGGACACUGCUGGCCAGGAACGAUUCAAGGCGAUGGCUCCUCUCUACUACCGCAAUGCGAAUGCCGCGCUGUUAGUAUUCGAUUUGACGCAGUACAAUUCUUUCAUUGAAAUCAAAUCAUGGGUUCAGGAACUCCAGCGAAACGUCCAGGAGCCGAUGGUACUCUCUCUGGUAGGUAACAAGCUCGACCUGGAGGAAAAGCGGGCAGUUUCCCGGGAAGAGGCUUCACUCUAUGCGACCUCCAUCGGGGGAAAUUAUUUUGAGACCUCAGCAUUACAAGAUCAGGGAAUAGAACAAGUAUUUAUAUCUAUUGCUGUAGGAUUGAUCAAAAUGUCUGGUGAACAAAUUUGUCCGUCACUAAAGCGAUACGAGUCCUCGGAUUCACUUGUGCUCUCAGGAUACGCAAGCGGUAUGAAUGGAGUUGUGCAAAUGGGCAUACCUGUUGAGUGCGACAACGUGUUAACGGAUGGCACCGGUCGUUUGGAAACACCUUCCUGGAGCAGAGACCAUAUAGCACACGCGGACGAACAGCGCACAGGAUUUUGUUGCAACUAACUAUUCGCGUGUAUUAGUGUUUUUAUUUUCGAGAAAGUAAGGAAAAUGUGACGUGACUUUCUUGUGAUAACUUUAAAACUUACGUUGAUAAUGUAUUAUAGUUGAUAGUUUGUAAAUACCGUGAGACAAGCGUGAACGAAAUAAGCAUAACAUAAUUUAGCACACUAAGUAUUGACCAAAAGUAUUGGCAGAUGAAUGGUUUUGUCAACUGAUAAAGUAAACUUAGGGCUCGCAUA